AUGGUCAUCCAUGGCCGAUGUUACGAGGUGGCAGUGUACAAGGUUUUCGUUUCAUGUGUGCAAGGACCUGAAAGUCCCAAAGAACCUGAAGCUGUCACCACAUCGGAGAAGCUUCGCAAUGCACUUCUCAGGCUUUUUGAGCUGGCUCCAAAAGAUAGCGAUGCGGCAGCUGGAUUGGGGAUAUUCGAAGGCGAAGACGGGCAAAGGUACCUUCCCCUUCCUGUGCUUGGGCGAGCUGUCGGAAUUACGGGCGAGGACUUCGAAGUGGCAAUGAAAGCUUGGACAGUUGUCAAUGAGACACCAGCUGGGACAUUCACCCUCACGGAGGAUGCCAGGGCAGUUGGCCUGGUAGAGUGGGCUGGCUGGGAGGAGUUCUCAAGUUCCUUGGAUGUGAUCGUAAAGGGCACACGGGAUCCAGCAUUCGAGCCCAGGUCCAUCCAGGGGCAUGUUGCAAGAGCUGCAAGAGGUGCGGUGCGUUCUGGGCCCUUACGUCAAGCUGACGUGCUCCGCCGUCUUCAGGAGCUGUCCUCCGAAAAUUUGCCUGAGGACGCGGCUCCUGCUUUGAAGAGUGCCAUUCAACGCAGAGCACGGCUUGCUCUUGCGUGCUUAGUAGAUGCAAUUGCAUCUCAGGGUCUCGGCCCACAGGCUGGCUUAGAUUCCAUGGGUCUCGUUGGGCAGCUACCGAGGACUCUCUUUGGAAUCAUCUUUGAC